AUGCAGCGCGGUCGACUUCUCAAGCUGCCAACGCGGCCGGACCAACGCGCUCUCUGCCAACGUUACGGCUGGAAAAGCCCACUCCUACAAGGGCCCCUGGGAACAGCCAGCGCUUUUCGUUCAUACACCACUUCAAAGUCAGCAAGCCCUAGCGCUCUCUCCGGUAUCUUGAAAGUGUCAGAAGAAGUCCAGGAUGCCGUGGAGACCAAUAAGCCUGUUGUCGCACUAGAGUCAACAAUAUACACCCACGGGGCCCUUGGCGACCUUGGUCUUGAAGACAUCGUGCGCCGAAAUGGAGGCGUGCCUGCAGUCUGCGGCAUCCUGGCCGGUGUACCAACCGUCGGCCUGACGCCUGCAGAAAUCGAUCGGAUGGUGCAUGAAUCGGCUCGAAAGGCGUCGCGGAGAGAUAUCGCUGCUCUAGUAGGCUUGGCCGCUACCGGGCGCAAGCUUCACGGAGGCACAACUAUCGCGGGGACUAUGAUUCUGGCUAGUUUGGCCGGAAUCCGUGUGUUUGGGACUGGCGGGCUGGGCGGCGUCCACCGUGGAGGCCACGAUUCCCUCGAUAUCUCGGCCGACCUUGCCGAGCUUGGUCGCACGCGCAUGGCUGUGGUUGCAUCCGGUUGUAAAGGGUUUCUGGAUAUCCCCCGGACGCUGGAGUACCUGGAGACGCAAGGCGUCGCCGUGUCGACGUUCAGCCAAGGCAGGGAUCCAAAGGACGUGGCAUUCCCGGCUUUCUGGGCCCGAGAUAGUGACGUGAAGAGUCCGGCUGUCGUUGAGAGCGAGGAGGAAGCGGCGGCCAUUAUCCUCGCCCAGGAGCAGCUCGGUAUUGAGUCUGGCCUGGUCUUCGCAAAUCCGAUCCCCGAGGAGUUUUCCAUUCCCAAGGCCGAAAUGAAUGCCAUCAUCGAACAGGCCGUCUCCGAGGCUGCUACGGGCCAGGCGGCGCGAGGGAAUGAGAAUACACCGUUUAUCCUGAAGAGGAUCCGGGAGCUCUCCCAGGACAGGAGUGUGAUUGCCAACACUAGUUUGGCGCGGUCCAACGUGGAGUGUGCUACGAAGAUAUCGGUGGCGCUCUCUCGACUCAUUUCUGGCGGAUUGAGCCCGCCAUCAAUCCAUUCUCAUCAAUCGAAUAACCCCGCACUUUCCCACCAGAAGGCCCCUUCUCCGCGAGCCGACAUCUUGGUCGCCGGCUCUGUCGCUAUAGACCUCGCCUGCGAUGUUCAUGGAAGCGGAGGAGCAGCCGGCGAACCUCCUCGUUUGCACACGUCCAGCCCAGGGAGCAUCACGCAGUCAAUCGGCGGCGUCGGUCGGAACGUUGCCCUCGCCGCACAUAGGGCGUCAAUAGGACCGGUCCGACUAUGCAGCAUGAUUGGGAACGAUCCUGCUGGGUCCGUUAUCAUGAAAUCUUUGCAGUCCACUGGCAUGGACACGUUGGGGAUUCGACAGCUGGAUUCGACUGGAAACAAACCUUGCGGUCGAACAGCGCAGUACGUAGCCGUCAACAGCUCAGACAAAGACAUGUUCGUGGCAAUAGCGGACAUGAAAAUAUUCCAAGAUCACCAAUUCGCUGGCGACUGGGAGGCCAUGGUUACUGCGGCCCAGCCAAGGUGGCUCGCCGUGGACGCCUGCUGGAGCGCCUCUGGAAUCAGAGUCUGGAUCAAGGCAGCAAAAAAGAACGGAGCCAAAGUCGCCUUUGAGCCGGUCUCCCGAGCGAAGUCAAUGGCGCUCUUUGCUAGCAGGGAUGCAGUUGGGCCCUUGCAAGUGUUUCCCUCCCCGAGCGUCGAUCUCGCAUCUCCCAACCAACACGAACUGGAAGCACUCUACGAGGCUGCUCAAGGUAAUGGCUAUUUCGAUGACCCGCAGUGGUUGACUGUUGCAAAAGAUCUGGACACCCCCGGCGCUUGCGCACGCCUUACAAAGACCAUUCCGGCCAAAGCCCUGGAUGUUGAGGCCUUGCAGAAGGCUAUCCACCUUUUACCAUAUAUCCCAACAAUUAUCACGAAGAUCGGGGCCGAAGGCGUCGUGCUCUUACAGCUCAUGCCGCGUGAAGAUCCCCGAUUGGAAGAUAUGCCAUCUCAACCGUUCAUCGUCAGGAGCCUUAGCUGUAGCGAGUCUGCGACUAGUGGGAUUUAUGCGAGAUUCUUUCCGCGCGUCGAGAAAGUAGACCGGGUUGUCUCGGUUAACGGUGUUGGCGACACAUUCCUGGGCGUCCUUCUAGCGGGACUGGCAAACGGAAAGAGAGUCGAAGAGCUCAUCGAUGUGGGACAGAAGGGCGCGGUUAUGACUUUGAAGUCUCCAGAGUCCGUGAGCCCUGAGCUUUAUCGGCUGAGAGGUGAGCUUCGGUAG